AUGCAAAGCGCUCCACGUGCUUUGGAAGAGAGAGUUGCUGAACUGACGAAGCUUUAUAGUCCUGGGUCACUCUGCAGUGAGCCUGUUGUCAGCAUAGAAUAUCUCCUUGAUACCAUCGUCUGCCUUGCCUAUGAAUGUCGACUCCCGCAGCUGAAGUCUGAGAGGAACUGUGCGAAGUUCCUCAAUGCUGUAAAAGAAUGUGUUGCAAAAAUUGAGAGCUGCUGGAUUAAUCGCAAUGAAUUCGAAACUAUUCGUCUAAUCGGAUCCGGGGCUUUUGGCGAGGUCUCAGUGGUCAGAUGGAAAGCUGAUGGAGGUGUGUAUGCCCUCAAGUCGCUACACAAGUUUGACAUGUUGAAGCGGUCAGAUAGAGCAUGUUUUCAGGAAGAACGGGACGUUAUGGUCAAGGCGUUGGUGCAUAAAUCUCCGUGGAUUGCGAAACUUCAUCAUGCUUUCCAAGACGACAAAUUUCUGUAUUUCCUCAUGGAUUUCUACAAUGGGGGUGACAUGCUCACCAUGCUGAGCAAGUUCGACGAUAGAAUUCCUGAAAACAUCGCGCGUUUCUAUAUUGCUGAAAUGGUGCUAGCCAUAAAUGCACUGCAUGAUCUCGGGUACGUCCACCGGGAUAUCAAGCCAGACAAUGUUCUGAUAGAAAGCUCUGGUCAUGUUGUCCUGGCCGAUUUCGGUUCGUGUCUCAAGCUGGGAGCCAAUGGGUUGGUUCAAAACAAUACAGCCGUGGGUACUCCGGACUACAUUUCUCCAGAGAUACUACGCGCUACAGAAGACGGGCAUGGCACCUAUGGUGUGGAGUGUGAUUUUUGGUCUCUGGGUGUUGUCAUUCAUGAACUACUAUUUGGAGAGACACCUUUUUACAGUGAAAAUCUCGUUGAAACCUAUAGUCAGAUCAUGAAUUUUGAGGAGCACUUCCAUAUGCCAGAUGACUGUCCUGACGUAUCGGAAAACGCUCGUGACCUUAUUCGGCGUCUCAUUUGUGACCGAAAACGAAGACUUGGUCGGGGUGGUCCUCACGAAUUCAAAGAGCAUCCAUUCUUCAACGAGAUUCGCUGGGAUACGAUUCGUCAGGUUCGGUGCCCGGAGGAUACAUCGAAUUUCGACAUUGCCCAAACUCCACGCACUCAUGAAGGCCCUCCCCUCGGUCCGAUGUUUCGUGGAUGUCAAGUUGCCUGUAUUGGAUUUACCUUUACGAACGGUUCGCCACUAAAUGAGUUGGCUUUUACUGGUCCACUCGAUACUGCCCAGUCAACAAUGGAUUCCAAAAUGACAACCUCAACUAGACCAGAUUUCGUUGAAUCAGAGGAAUCUACCGAGAAACCGGCGGUGCAGUCUACAAUUGAUAUCAAGCAUUCCAAAAGACUUGAAUCACAGUUACAGUUAGUGGAGCAACUGCGGUCACAGUGCCGGGAGUAUGAACUACGCAUACAGCAAUUGGAGAAAACGUGUUCGGUCAGUGAUGUUACUCAUGAAGAUAACUCCACUCAGGAUUCAUUGUACUCGGAAACCCUAAAAACACAACUAUCAGAUCUACAGUGCCAGUUGGACUCGUUGAAUGACAAGUACGAACAAUUGGGAGUAUCGAGCCGAAUAGCUGAGGAAACCAUCAUUCAGCUGAGAACAGAAUUGACUGAACAACAGGAGACAAACUGUAAGCUGCUUGCUAACUUGCGAGAUUUCGAAGAGGAGAACGAGGUUCUAUGCAAACGCGCUGCAGAUGCCCAGUCUGCUCUUCGACAGCUAGAUGCAGAGCAGCAGGAGCUAUUGUCUGAUCUUGCCAGUCUUCGAGCGGAGCGAGUUGCACAUCGACAGUAUGGGCACAACACAGACUAUGAAAGCUCUGGAGCACUAAUUCCUAUAAAAAACGACAGUAAAGCAUUCUCAAGCACUCCCGCCUCACUGGACAAUGUGGAACAUGGACAGACCGGUUCCGAACUCAGCGCUUAUGACCGUCUACGUGAAACGGAAACCCACUACAAUCUGGCGAAUGAGCGCUUAGCCACUGCGAAACAGGAGCUACAGAGUAUGAAAGCUGCGCGCCAGGCGGAACAACGCGAAUGGAGUAGGGAGCGUGAAUCUUUAGGACAGCAACUCCAAAAUGCAAUGGUGGACAGAGCAAACGCACUUCGAGAAUUACAUGCUCUGCAAGCCAAUUACUCUGAACUGGAAGCCAGUAUCCUCAACUGGGAACGCCGGCUAUAUGAACUAAAACAAUGGGCUGAUGAUGAACGGGUAGCGAAAGACAAGUUACACGUGUUUACUUGUCGUGUGGUGUCUGAACUGGAAGCACUUCGGCUAGCUUGCUUAGGUCCGGAAGCUUCUUUGCCAGCGGCUGAAGAAAAUAUGCAUUACGACUAUCAACCGGUUUGCAACGGCACAAACAACGUUACCAACGAGACCGUCUCCUUCGGUAUGGAUAGUCCAGCUGCAAGCAUUACGGGUGAUGGCACGUUGGACUGGCGUCAGCGUAAAUCAAGUAAAGUCAACAAAAUGGAACGUUCCAAUCUACAGGUGGCGUUGAACAACGAAGUGCGUGCUCGUGAACAGGCUGAAUUGCGUUUGCAAGAGGUUGAGACCAAGCUCAAGGAAGUUACCGACCAAUUAAAAUUGAAAGAAACGAAAAUAGAAGAACAAGAGCGAAUGCUGGAAGCGUUCAACGAUCAACUAUUACAAGUCUCCAAUCAAGCCAGUCUUUCGCAUGUGCAGAAUGGGGUUGCAGAUGAUGCUCUGAGCCUAAGCCCUCAUCACGUAUUAAACGCCGAACAAACGUGUCGGGGUACUGAGAGUCGGCGCUCCCUUCCACUGCUCAGCCUUGACAAUUUGCAACAUUCUACCCCAGCUCAUCGCUCGUCUUUGGAUAAUAGCGGAUCCAUUGCACCCUCACAACAUUCGUCCACAUCUGCGCAUGAUUUCACCCUUGACUCAUUUACUGGCCCUACCAAAUGUAGAGUCUGUUCGAGUCUGAUUUUAGGGCAGCGCUUCCAAGGCGUUCGUUGCCAAAACUGCGGUUUUUCUUGUCACCAACGCUGUCGCCAUUCAGUCCCUAUGCCCAAAGGUGGAAUAAUCAAGCGUGGCUGGACGCGUCACUAUAUGUUUCUGACAGAUAUGCGGCUGUUUGUGUUUGAUGUGACAACGGAAAACUCCGUCAACGGAAGCUUUGGUUCAUUAUCACCAUCCAAUCCAUCUUUUCCUUGGUCCCGCUACCCAAGUCCGUCAAACUCGGUGAAUAACGUAUCGUGUGUGUUUACAUCAAACAACCCAACCCGCGUUGUCGAUUUACGUAGCCCUGGGUUUUCUGUGACCCGUGUACGGGAUGCCGAUGUUAUCCAUGCUAAGCGCAAUGAAAUUCCCAGGAUUCUGAAGAUCACUUUGGACAACCGACUACCGGCCGCUCCAUUGUUUCUGUUGUUUGAUACCAGUCAUCUUUGUGAUCGUUGGCUAAAGGCGAUUGACGACGCUGCUAGGCUUAUUCAACGCAACCUUCGUAAAAUUCCAGAUGCCGAGUGCAUCCAACUCCAGGAUGUUUGUGAUUCUUCAGCACUUUUGCUGAAGCAGAUUCGCUGUGCUUGUGUUCUCGAUGAACACCGUGUGCUGAUUGGCUCGGACGAGGGCUUACAUGUGGUGGACGUAAAACAUGGAACAAUCAUUCGUCGAGGGGACAAAAAACCUGUCUUUCAAAUUGAAGCUUUGAACGAGGAGCUCCAACUGGUGGUUGUUAUUCAAGAGAAAACUAGACGUCUUAAACUACUACUUUUGGCAACCAUCGAAGGAAUUAGUUCUGAACAGAUCAAAGUUGCCGACCCGAAAACCUGUUCUCAAUUCGUCUGCGGGAUGAGCCGAUCCAACACGGUAUGUCUCCUUUGUGCUGCUGGGCGUAGAUCCGUCUGGGUGUACGAAAUUGCGCGAGUUCGCAGUCGUCAUCGUCGUGUUCGAGAAAUCCUGUUUCCAGACAACGUGCAGGCAGUCAGUAUUGUUCGCGGUGGCAAUUGGUUGUGUGUUGGUUGUCCAAGCUACUUUGCCCUCUAUCACAUCUGGUCUGAAGGUCCAGCUCAAGCUCUGCUGCGCACGGACUUGGUGGAUUUGGACCCGACCUUCGCCUUCUUCCAGCAGAAUGCGUUUGAUGCAUACAUGGGGAUUCAGGUGGACGAUAAUGAAUUCCUGUUGAUAUUUGAAAACUGCGGAAUUUACGUGAAUACUAGUCGUCAGCGCACUCGCACCGACAAUCUUAUGUGGCCAGCUAAAUUGAUUUCAACAAGCCCGUUUGCUUUCACCUGGCCCUAUCUGUACGUCUUCACUGAAGUUGGGCUCGUCGUAUUCAAUAUCACCUCUGGAUUAUGGGUUGCGUCGCUUUGUGGACGUCAAGUGCGCCCACUCAGUUCCGAUGCACAUCUUUGUCUCGUUCAGACAGUUGUAACACCGUCACCACACACCGGACACACGAACAUGGCCACAUCGGACGCGUCGCCCAGUUCGAAACUCUCCCCGCCCUCCGAAUCGAGUUCCGCCCAAAAUGCUCAGCGCCUAGUUUAUCUCAAGCCCCCAACGAACUGCGAUUCUCCACCACACGAAACCCUUUCAGCAUCACAGCCGAAACUUCUAGAUUUACCAGAGUCCAUCGGAUUGAAUCCAUAUGCUCCUUUGAUGAAACCCAACCGCUCCACAACUCAACCGGUUGAUGGCGAUGGUGUCAGUACGGAACAGCCAGCUCCCACUGUUGACAGAUUCUCACGUUUCCGUCCUAAUACUCGUCACUCUGGUUUCUAUACGCAAAAUGCCCCUCCUUCCAACAGACUUGCAUCCCUGAUCUCAGGUCCUUCGGAUUUUCAGCAUGUAGUUCACUGGGGUCCCUACUCAAGUGGAGCGUUUAUCGACCUCGGUCCAGCUCCUGGACAACCUCAACCAACUGAGGCUGACCGCAUUGCAAGGUUAAAAUCAGUCAUUGAAGAAAGAUAUAGCCGCAAUCGCGAAAGUAGCCUAGGUAACACAACACGGAGCCCACCCCUCAGCAUGUUGACCGGUUUCUCCUCUCGUCCUUCAGGAUCUCUUCAGAUGCAACAGAAUCCUCAACAAGAAGAUCUACCCAUUCGAUCAGCCACUCGGACGAGCAUGGAAAAACAUGAGACGCACAACUGUGACUCCAUCGCCCCGAAACGACCACUUAAAUUUUCCCACCAAUGCUUACGCAUACGCCCCUUAAAUUUGCGACCUCCAUUGCACAACUUUCCAUUUGACCUCGGUGACACAGACGCCAGACCAAUUACUCCCCCGUCGUCUACGCGAAGUCCUGAAUCUCACCUCCGAAAUCCGCUCGCUUUCACAGAUCGGCCUUGUGAUGGCGCUGAUCGUCCCAGUUUCGAAUCCCUACCUUCCCUCAAUUUGUGCGCUUCUUCCAGCAUCGAAGACACUAUGAUGACACUGUUUUCGCAACUACAAUCACAACCUGAUACCCAACCAACAAGCCUGAGCGACAUCCCCCCGAUUGAUAAGGACCCUUCUACACAGAUUUCCUUUGAAUGACCGCAAUCCAGAUAAAGGAAACCACGCUCAUUAUGUCCGGUGCUGUUCUGCCAUUGCCAAACGACUAGUUUCCAAUCUGUCCCGAAGGAACGCUUGUACAUCUUGAAGUCGUUUGCAUUGCAUAUGCACAUGCUACGGUUCUUUCUCGUAUAUACCAGAUAUCUUUAUAUGACAUUCUAUAUCUCUUCUCCAUACUGCCUUCUGGCGUAGUACCGUUUCUAAAAUCCUUUGUGCAGAGUGAUAUUGUUUUUUCUUUUGACAAACGACUAUCUCAGCAACCUGUCCAGCACCAAUUUUGAACCCCACCUAUAAUUCUACCGUGGAAAUGGGAAUUAGGUAAAAAACCCGCUUUCGUUGUACAUUCGUUUCUAUGUUUUAUUCCUUGUUUCCUUUUUUGUCCAGUUCUUCUAGCAGAUUUUCUUCCACACUGACCCCAUUGAUUCAUGCAUUUUAUCACCGUAGUUCAUUGCUGUUUCUUAGCUACCCAUUACUUCGAGACUUCCGUAGAGCCCCUUGUAGUUUCCUCACUAGGCAAUUAUGUUGGGUUGUAUUUUAGAACGGAACCUCAUACAUAUCCUAACUUUAUCUCGC